UUUUGUGGACCAAAAAUCUAAAGGGUUCUUGUGUUGUGGAAGAAGGGGGGGGGGCCUGCAUGUCUCUUUUAGGUUUAUAAAAAACCCUCCACCCUUUGUCCCCCUUCUACCUUUUUCUUUAUUUUCCCACCUCUCCUCUCUUCUUCUGUACUUGUGUUUGGCUGAGAAGAAAAAUUUUAAGAAAAUGAAGGAAAGUGGGAGAAAACAGGGUGCAGCUUCACCUUGUGCAGCAUGCAAGCUUCUCAGAAGAAGAUGUGCACAGGACUGUGUGUUUGCUCCUUAUUUUCCUGCAGAUGAGCCUCACAAAUUUGCUAAUGUUCAUAAAGUUUUUGGGGCUAGCAAUGUCAACAAGAUGCUUCAGGAGUUGCCAGAGCACCAGCGGGGAGAUGCCGUUAGCAGCAUGGUGUACGAGGCAAAUGCAAGAGUCCGAGACCCAGUUUAUGGCUGUGUCGGAGCCAUAUCGUCCCUGCAACAUCAGAUCGACAUUCUUCAAACCCAGUUGGCUUUGGCCCAGGCUGAGGUGGUGCAGCUGCGGCUGAGGCAGACUGCCUCCUUCUCAGCUCAUGGGCUCAGCCCAACUAGCCCAAGUAGUAGCGGUUCGCCUUCCUCCAGGUUCAUCACCUCACAACCCAAGCCAAUUUUUGACAUGGACAUGGGAAUGGACCAGGCCAGCUUGGGAGAGCCGAUGUGGUCGUGCUAGUUUUAUAAUUUUCAUUUCAUCAUUUGUUAAAAUACUUAAUACACAUCUAGAUUUACAUAUAUCUAUAUAUAUAUAUAUAUGUUACCCUCUAAUCACGGUGCUCUUAUAAUUAAUUACCGUUUAAAAAAUAUAUAUAAACUAUUAUUUAGCGGUAAUUAAAUAUGUAAAAGCAUCGUGGGCAUAUUUUUAAAAGGGUAACUUGAUAUAUAUUUAUAAUUAUAGAUUUACUUGAGUAGAGGUGUUGUUAGAUAUGGUGAGAGUGAUCAGCUCUACUUUUUGGA